AUGGAUCUCACCCCUCCUGCCGGCAUAGAUCUCAAUGAGUCCUAUCAGUCCCAGCUACGAGCAAAAUAUGCCGCGACUUAUGCUCUAGCAGUGGUUGCAGUGACGCUGCGCUUGUUGUGUCGAUUGAGGAUCUCCAAAGUCAGAUUAUGGUGGGAUGACUAUAUCAUCUGUGUUGCAUUGACGUUUGCCACAGGCAACUUUAUCGAUAUGAUGAUUUGGGUUGAACGAGGUGUCGGCACCCAUAUAUAUCCCUUAGGAAUGGCUGGCGUCUCGCAUUUCUAUAUCAAUCUAUUCGCCUGCGAGAUCCUUUACACACUAUCUGUCUGCUUUACCAAAUACUCGAUUCUGCUGUUCUUCUGGCGUAUCUUCAAUAGUACCAACAUUCGCAUUCCGAUCUACGUCCUAGCAUCCAUGAUCACAGGCUGGGGUCUCGGUGUUAUCCUAACAACCGUCUUCCAAUGUAUGCCCAUCCAAGGACUGUGGGAUUACUCCGUCAAGGCCCACUGCGGCGUCAACAUCAAUGACUUUUUCAUUGGCAAUGCAGUCCCAAAUAUCAUCACAGACUGGGCUAUGUUGAUUUUGCCUCUACCGUAUGUGUGGAAGAUCCAGAGAAGCACCACCCAGAAAGUCGCGCUAUGUGGAGCUUUUGCAAUGGGAGGGUUCAUUUGCAUCAUCUCAAUCAUUCGGCUAGUGAUCAUGUUGGACGCCUACAAAACGCCGUCCGUCGACGCAACCUGGGUUUUCAUUGGACCCUCUACUUGGACAGCCGUGGAGACAAACAUCGGCAUUGUUUCUGCUUGCCUCCCCUCUCUCGGACCCCUCAUAAAAUCCAUCACCCGGAAGUCUGGUGGCAAGGAGACUAGCGAAGAUGACACCCACAAGCUAUCCAGCUCGUAUGGACGCUCCUUCGGGUCAGGGAAGAGCGGCUACCGUCCCGACUAUGACAUUCAGCUGUCUGGCAUUGAUGUGACGACAAGCGUGGAUGUGGAGAGUUACCGACGACAUACAGAUAGCAGGUUUUAA